AUGGAGAACUCAGCCGUGAGAGACCGCCGAGAACAGGGGUCCAAAACAGACGCCACGGUGGAGGUGGCUGCUACGCCCGCCCAGCCCGAGCAUACCCUUGAGGAGUACGAGCGGCUAUUUGGCGUCGAUGAGGAGGCGUAUGAGCAGCCCACCACCACCCGCAAAGAACUGUGGUCUUAUUACCUCUACUACAACGGUGACAAUGGAGUUGGCCCGGGUUCUUACAGCCAAGCCCUCUUUCAAUGGGCACUGAAUGGUGCUGGCUUUCAGCCCGACACAAAUCCACCCCAGCCCUGUACGACGUCCUCGGCAUGCGUGGUACCUUGGGCAGGGGGCACGCGAUCCAUCUCAUCGGUGGUUCUAAUCGCCAAUGGCCUCUGCUUCACCUUCAUGACGGUCAUCUUCGUGUGGCUAGGAAGUGCUGCUGACUACGGCUCAUUCGGUCGGUGGCUACUCCUAGUCCUAACCGUAAUCUGCUGGGCACUCCAGUACGGUAUGAUGGCGAUUCGAGACCCGAGCCAAUGGCCUGCAGCGAUGGCAAUGUACGUCGUUGCGUACAUUGCUUACGGUGCUACGCUCGUCUUCUAUGCUGCAGUCUUUCCUCGAUUGGCGCGGUAUAUGCCUCAUGUGCGAAAGGCGCGGGAGGAAGAUCUGCGAGAGGGAAAGAUUGACCAGAAGGAGUAUGAUGCGAUCGAGUCACUGGAGCGAAAUCAUAUCAGUAACGUUUCGACGGCGCAUAGCAAUAUUGGAUACUUGCUGACACUGGUGCUCAACCUGAGCGUCCUGCUGCCGAUGCAGAAUAACCAGUUUGCGAAUAACCUGGCCUUGUGUCUCACUAAUUCAUACUGGGUAAUUCUGGGUAUUUGGUGGUUUCUAUUCCAGCAGAAGCGACCAGGUCCCAAAAUCCCCAAAGGCUCGAGUUAUGCGACCAUCGGGUUCAAGCAGAUCUGGUUGGCAAUCCGCGAGAUUAGAUCUCUCCCACAGACAUUCCUCUAUUUCUUCGCAUAUUUCCUCUUAGCAGACGGCCUGAACACAACUGGAACCCUCGUCAGCAUCAUUCAAAAUGAUCAAGUAUCAUUCUCCUUCCUUCAAAUUACCUACUUGGGAAUCACACAGGCGGCUUGCUCAAUCGCUUCGACUUUUGGCUUCUGGUAUAUUCAGAAGUACUUCAAGUUCAAGACGAAAUCCAUGUUCCUGUUCACCAAUUUCUUUACCGUAUUGAUCCCCUUCUGGGGUAUGCUCGGACUUUGGACGAAUAAAAUCGGAUACCAUCAUACUUGGGAGUUCUAUUUCUACAAUGUCAUUUUCGGGCUUUUCCAGGCACCCUACUAUGCGUAUGCGCAAACAAUGAUAAGCGAGCUGAUGCCUCGUGGAUACGACAACAUGUUCUUCGCGCUUUUUGGAAUCACUAACCGUGCGUCGUCCAUCAUCGGGCCGAAUGUAAUCCAGGCUAUCAUCAACGACACACGCAAUAAUUGGAUGGGCUUCCCAUUCCUCUUUGCCAUAUGUGCGGCAGCAAUGAUCGCAAUUUGCUUCGUAGAUGUGGAAAAAGGUCGCGAGGAUGGUAGGAGAUUCACUGAGAGGCGCAAGGUAGAUCGUGUUGCAGCAGAGACGGGACUAAGUGCCGAUGCAAUUGUUAAGGGCAAGGGCGUCAUGGACAGCGGUGAGACAGGGAGGGCAGAUGGUGAUAUCAAUGGCAAUGGACAUAACUCCAUAGAGCCUGUGGAAUGA